AUGAGUUCUUGCAGUAAUGUCUGCGGGUCCAAGCAGGCACAGGCUGCAGCGGAGGGCGGGUACCAGCGCUACGGAGUCCGGUCCUACCUACACCAGUUUUAUGAGGACUGUACCGCCUCAAUCUGGGAGUAUGAGGAUGAUUUCCAGAUCCAGAGAUCACCUAACAGGUGGAGCUCAGUAUUCUGGAAGGUCGGACUCAUCUCAGGUACAGUCUUCGUGAUUCUCGGAUUGACUGUUCUGGCGGUGGGCUUUCUUGUGCCCCCCAAAAUCGAAGCAUUUGGCGAAGCUGACUUCGUGGUGGUCGACACGCAUGCCAUCCAGUUUAACGGUGCCCUCGACAUCUACAAGCUGGCGGGAGCCAUUCUCUUCUGCAUUGGGGGCAUGUCCAUGGCAGGGUGCCUGCUGAUGUCCGUGUUUGCAAAAAGCUACUCCAAAGAAGAAAAGUUCCUUCAGCAAAAGUUUAAAGAGCGAAUUGCAGACAUCAAGGCCCACACCCAGCCGGUUACAAAAGCUCCGGGCCCGGGGGAAACAAAGAUUCCAGUCACUUUGUCCAGGGUUCAAAAUGUCCAGCCUCUAUCGGCAACCUGAAACGUUCCCCAUCCCAGUCCUUCCUGUCUGAGUUACGCACACGGUUAAAAGGAGCAGACCAGUUUCU